AAACUUGCAGCGAACUUCUCUAGAUCUAUAAAUAUGUAUUAAUUAUACAUAACAUCAGUAUAAUUAAACCGGCAACCAACAAUGUCUCCUUCAACCUUAGCGGCCAUUCUGUGUAUCUUCCUAACUCUCAUAUACUCCUUUCACCGCUGGAGAAAUGGCCGGAAACUCCCACCAGGUCCCCGAGGGUUACCCAUCAUCGGAAACCUGCACAUGAUGGGCAAACUCCCACAUCGGACUCUUACCGACUUAGCCAAAACCUACGGCCCCAUUAUGUCAUUAAAUCUCGGCAACGUGCCAUCCAUCGUCGUUUCAUCUCCUAAAGCAGCCGAGCUCUUUCUCAAGACCCACGACACCGUUUUCGCCAGCCGGCCAAAAACGCAAGUAGCGGCGCUCAUGACCGACGGAAAAGGCAUAGCCUUUACGGAGUACGGACCGUAUUGGAGAAACGCCAGGAAGCUGUGUACUUUACAGUUGCUGAGUGCGUUGAAAGUUGAAUCGUUCGGUCCGAUGAGGAGGAGGGAAGUGGGUUUAAUGGUGGAGUCGUUGAAAGAGGCUGCGGAAGAGAAGAAGGUGGUAAAUAUUAGCCGGAAAGUUGGCGAGCUUAUGGAAAAUAUGACAUACAAGAUGGUUUUGGGAAGAGAUAAAGAUGAUAGAUUUGAUUUAAAGGGACUUGUUCAUGAAAUCAUGAUCUUGAUUGGAACUGUCAAUAUUGCAGAUUUCAUGCCAGCUCUUGCCCCAUUUGACCUUCAAGGACUAUCGAGGAAGGUGAAGGCAAUUAACAAGAUUGUAGAUGAAGUUUUCAACAAGAUCAUCGAUGAGCAUGAACAAAACAGAAGCAAAGAUAUGAAAAAACAAGACAUGGAUUUCGUGGACAUGAUGCUUUCUUUAGCAGAAGAACAAGCGAAGACGACGAAUAUGAAUCUUCAAACCGAGCAUGCAUAUAAAAUCGACAGAACCAACAUUAAAGCUUUAUUACUCGACAUGAUUGCAGGAGCAUUUGACACUUCAACAACGACAAUCGAAUGGACAUUAUCGGAACUAUUAAGACAUCCUAAGAUAAUGAUGCAUGUCCAAGAAGAGUUAGACAAUGUAGUUGGAAAAGAAAGAAUGGUAGAAGAGACAGAUCUGAGCAAGUUAAAUUACUUAGACAUGGUUAUAAAAGAAAGUUUUAGGUUACAUCCUGUUGCAUCCCUAAUUUUACAUGAAUCAAUGGAGGAGAUAACUAUUCAAGGAUAUUACAUUCCGAGAAAAGCAAGGAUUCUCGUGAAUCUUUGGGCAAUGGGUCGGGACCCAGAAGUAUGGUCAGACGUUGAAGAAUUUAAACCAGAGAGAUUCGUGGGAGAAGACGAUGUAGACAUAAGAGGACAUAAUUUUAAACUUAUUCCAUUUGGAGCUGGAAGAAGAGGAUGUCCAGGAAUUCAAUUAGGGUUAACCAGUGUUCGACUUAUUGUUGCAAGGUUGGUUCAUUGUUUUAAUUGGGAGCUACCUUUUGGCAUGGGGCCAAAUGAAUUAGAUAUGAAUGAACAAUUUGGCCUGACUUUGCCAAGAGCUAAGCAUUUAAUUGCCAACCCAACUUAUCGCUUGCUUUGUUGACCUUGAAAUAUUAUUCUUGAUUAUGUAUAUAUAUGGGAUUAU